GACACGAGAGAGAGAGAACGAAAAAAACUGCGUAGCGAACAGUUAGAAAGAGACAGGAGAGGUUCAUUUUCUGGGUCGUACGUACGUUGCGGAGCUUUCCCUUACUUUUAUGCAAAAAAGACAACUCAAUUGAUCGUCCGGUCAAGGUUUGGGGUGCUCCUCUUCAUAAUAUCCUGCUAUUACAUGUUAGCAAAGACCUAAAGACGAGAAACACGUUGAUCUGACUGUGAUCUGACAAGGGUGUCUGUGGUCUGACAGUGAAUGCACUAAUGGAAGAGGGGUCAAUGUCAGUGAUGGCAUAAUCGGCUACACUUGUCCCAAGAGCUGAGCAGGUGUGUAAGAUGGCAGUGUGGAUCCAGGCCCAGCAGCUCCAGGGGGAUGCGCUGCACCAGAUGCAGUCUCUCUAUGGACAGCACUUCCCCAUUGAGGUGCGCCAUUACCUGUCCCAGUGGCUCGAGGGCCAAGUCUGGGAUGUGAUCGAUCUGGAGAACCCCCAGGAGGAGUUUAAGGCCAAGCGCCUGCUGGACAGCCUGAUCCAGGAGCUGCAGAACAAGGCUGAGCAUCAGGUGGGAGAGGACGGCUUCCUGCUCAAGAUCAAACUGGGACACUACGCCAGCCAGCUCAAGAGCACGUAUGACCGCUGCCCUCUGGAGCUGGUGAGAUGCAUUAAACACAUCCUGUACACGGAGCAGAGGCUAGUGCGAGAGGCCUCUAAUUCGAGCUCCCCAGUGGGAGGGAUGAUGGACAGCAUGUCCCAGAAGUACCAGCAGAUCAACCAGGCAUUUGAGGAGCUGCGCCUGCUGACCCAGGACACAGAGAACGACCUGAGAAAGCUCCAGCACAACCAGGAGUACUUCAUCAUCCAGUACCAGGAGAGCCUCCGCAUCCAGGCCCAGUUGACCAGCCUGACCACACUGCCCCCUGCUGACAGACAGCUGAGGGAGCCCACAUUACUGAGCAAGAGAGCCACCGUGGAGGCCUGGCUCACCCGGGAGGCUAACACACUACAGAAAUACAGACUGGACCUGGCAGAGAAGCACCAGAAGAGCCUGCAGCUGCUGAGGAAGCAGCAGACCAUCAUCCUGGAUGACGAACUGAUCCACUGGAAGAGAAGGCAACAGCUGGCCGGAAACGGGGGUCCUCCGGAGGGGGGGCUGGAUAUCCUGCAGUCCUGGUGUGAGAAGUUGGCAGAGACGAUCUGGCAGAACAGGCAGCAGAUCAGGAGAGCAGAACACCUGAGACAACAGCUUCCCAUCCCCGGCCCCAUCGAGGAGCUACUGAACGAUCUCAACAGCACCAUCACAGACAUCAUCUCAGCACUGGUCACCAGCACCUUUAUCAUAGAGAAGCAGCCUCCCCAGGUGCUGAAGACCCAGACCAAGUUUGCCGCCACAGUGCGCCUCCUAGUGGGUGGAAAGCUCAAUGUGCACAUGAACCCCCCGCAGGUCAAGGCCACCAUCAUCAGUGAACAGCAGGCGAAGGCCUUGCUCAAGAAUGAGAACACCAGGAAUGACAGCAGUGGAGAGAUCCUUAACAACAACUGUGUGAUGGAGUACCACCAGGCCACAGGAACACUCAGCGCCAACUUCAGGAACAUGUCUUUGAAGAGGAUCAAGCGCUCGGACCGGCGAGGGGCGGAGUCUGUGACAGAGGAGAAGUUUACCAUUCUGUUUGAGUCUCAGUUCAGCGUCGGGGGUAAUGAGCUGGUCUUUCAGGUUAAGACGUUAUCACUUCCUGUGGUGGUGAUCGUCCACGGUAGCCAAGACAAUAACGCCACGGCAACAGUGCUGUGGGACAACGCUUUUGCCGAACCCGGUCGGGUGCCCUUCAUAGUGCCUGACAAGGUGCUGUGGCCCCAGCUGUGUGAGGCCCUCAACAUGAAGUACAAGGCGGAGGUGCAGAGUAACCGUGGCCUCUCAGAGGAGAACCUGGUCUUCCUGGCCCAGAAAGCCUUCAGUAGCUCCAGCAUCAACCCUGACGACUACCGCGGCAUGACCAUGACCUGGUCCCAGUUCAACAGGGAGAGUCUGCCUGGCAGGAAUUUCACGUUCUGGCAGUGGUUUGAUGGGGUCAUGGAACUCACAAAAAAACAUCUCAAACCACACUGGAAUGAUGGGGCGAUCCUGGGAUUUGUGAACAAGCAGCAGGCCCAGGACAUGUUGAUGUCCAAACCCAAUGGGACGUUCCUGCUCCGCUUCAGCGACUCUGAGAUCGGAGGGAUCACUAUCGCCUGGGUGGCUGAGAAUCCCAACAAACCAGGGGAGAGGAUGGUGUGGAACCUCAUGCCCUACACAACCAAAGACUUCUCCAUCCGCUCUCUGGCUGACCGCAUCAGUGACCUCAACCACCUCCUGUUCCUCUACCCAGACAGACCCAAGGAUGAGGUCUUCUCCAAAUACUACACGCCGCCCCUGUCCAAAGCAGUGGAUGGAUACGUGAAACCGCAGAUCAAACAAGUGGUACCAGAGUUCACCACGACCAAUCCUGACCCAGCCGCAAACCCCACCUACAUGGAUCACGGAGCCUCCCCUGUUGUCAGUCACCCUCCAAACUACGGCAUAUACCAGCCUAUGAGUGACUCCAUGUUAGAUGCUGACGGUGACUUUGACCUGGAUGACACCAUGGACGUGGCGCGACACGUUGAGGAGCUGCUGCGGCGACCUAUGGAGAACCAAUGGAGCGGCCAGCAGUCGUGACCCUCAACCUCUAACCCCUGACACCAACAAAAGAACCCCGCACCUUUUGACAUUUCUGAUGGUUUAAUUCCAUUCAUUUCCUCCUGUUCUGUUUCAGAUGGCUAUAAUGUGAAAUGUUAAUAAUGGUUGUGAUUGUUUUUUUGUUUUUUCUCCUCAGCAAUGCAAACUACACGUCAGUGACCUUUUUUCAGUUUGUCUCCCUGCGUAUCUGUGAAACAGUCUCUGUAGAAAUGCAAAAACAAAACCACAAUGUUACAGUAUUGUAUGAAAACAAUUCAAUUCACGCAUGUAUUUUAAUGGUCAUAAUUCUAACAAAGAUAUUUGAAGAGCACUCGCCUCAACCGGUAUGAAGUCAUUUAAACAGUUGAACUGCUUUUAUUUUUGUUUAGUUAUUUUAUUAUUGUAAAUGGUUUAUCAACAAAGUUGGUUGUUUAUUGAAUCCGCCCUCUGCCAAAGAAGAGAAAAACUUCAAUGAAUAAUUUGUUGUUGUUAUUGACAAUAUCAUUGGAUUUGUUGCUAAGGGAAGUUUCAAUCAGUACUAUAAUAAUUCAGAAUCUUUACACACUAAACUCCAAGCAGAAUGGCUCUUGUUUCAUUCUCAGAGCACAGUGAGUAUCUAUGUCACGCACACACACGCACACAUUCACGCACACACACACACACGGUUGCAUAAUAUACACUGCUCAAAAAAAUAAAGGGAACACUGAAAUAACAUCCUAGAUCUGAAUGAAUGAAAUAUUCUUAUUAAAUACUUUUUUCUUUACAUAGUUGAAUGUGCUGACAACAAAAUCACCCAAAAAUGAUCAAUGGAAAUCAAAUGUAUCAACCCAUGGAGGUCUGGAUUUGGAGUCACACUCAAAAUGAAAGUGGAAAACCACACUACAGGCUGAUCCAACUUUUAUGUAAUGUCCUUAAAACAAGUCAAAAUGAGGCUCAGUUGUGUAUGUGGCCUCCACGUGCCUGUAUGACCUCCCUACAACACCUGGGCAUGCUCCUGAUGAGGUGGCGGAUGGUCUCCUGAGGGUUCUUCUCCCAGACCUGGACUAAAGCAUCCGCCAACUCCUGGACAGUCUGUGGUGCAACGUGGCGUUGGUGGAUGGAGCGAGACAUGAUGUCCCAGAUGUGCUCAAUUGGAUUCAGGUCUGGGGAAUGGUCGGGCCAGUCCAUAGCAUCAAUGCCUUCCUCUUGCAGGAACUGCUGACACACUCCAGCCACAUGAGGUCCAGCAUUGUCUUGCAUGAGGAGGAACCCAGGGCCAACCGCACCAGCAUAUGGUCUCACAAGGGGUCUGAGGAUCUCAUCUCGGUACCUAAUGGCAGUCAGGCUACCUCUGGCGAGCACAUGGAGGGCUGUGCGGCCCUCCAAAGAAAUGCCACCCCACACCAUGACUGACCCACUGCCAAACCGGUUAUGCUGGAGGAUGUUGCAGGCAGCAGAACGUUCUCCACGACGUCUCCAGACUCUGUCACGUCUGUCACAUGUGCUCAGUGUGAACCUGCUUUCAUCUGUGAAGAGCACAGGGCGCUAGUGGCGAAUGUGAAAUGUUAAUAAUGGUUGUGAUUGUUUUUUGUUUUUUCUCCUCAGCAUGCAAACUACACGUCAGUGACCUUUCAGUUUGUCUCCCUGCGUAUCUGUGAAACAGUCUCUGUAGAAUUGCAAAAAAAACACGUUACAGUAUUGUAUGAAAACAAUUCAAUUCACGCAUGUAUUUUAAUUUGGUCAUAAUUCUAACAAAGAUAUUUGAAGAGCACUCGCGAGUUCCCUUUAUUUUUUUUUGAGCAGUGUACAUCAGCUCCAGCUGAAACUUGGGGACUUUGGACCCCCUCUUCACUCACAGGGAUAUAUUAAUGUCCUGUAUUUGCACACAGAUGUAAUGUAAAUACAAGCAUGUGUCCAGCAUGGCCAGGCAGGUCUCUGGACAGCCCAUAGAGAUAGAUAGAGGACUCAUCAUUAAUAUAACCCAUUUUAACAUGGCCAUUGCCAUUGAGGUCUUCCACCAAUAUAAAGUUGUCAACUGGGUGGGGAUUCCUACGAGUUGGGAGCAAUCGGCCAAUGAAGAAGAAUAACAUGUACUACUUUAGUACCUCAACGGUGCUGCCCAUGCUGUCACACAGACACUUUAAUGGCACAGAUAAAAAGAUGAGUCCUCUAUCUACCUCCUUACCCCUGUAAAUUAUGCAUGUGCCAUCAACACUACCUCUCAUUACCACUCUGUCUGCCUGCCUGGUGUUUUAAACAGCUCAUUUGGUCAUGUCUUGUUAUUGGUUGUGACGUCUAGUGUUGACAAUCUAUUUGGGGAGCUGUUGGGAUGUGUGUAGAGGAGCUGAGGCCACUGGGGUGUGUGUGGAGGUCGGGGUUUAGUUGGGAGAUCUGUAGGAAAGUCCAUUACUAGGACUGAUGGAUGAAGAGCCUCUAUACUGGGUCCUUAUUGGCUUAGUAUUGUUCAUCUGCUGAAGUACACUAACUACUCAAUCCAUAGCCUGAGAUGACUAGUGGAGAUCUAAUUCAACUCAUUUUACCCUGAUACCAGUUUUACCAUGGGGCAGAGAUGCAUUUUUGCCAUUUAAAGCAAGUUUUCUGCAGUUCUACACAUUUUUCCAUGGGGCGGAAUUUAAAAAAACAUAACACAUUUCAUGCAAUUCUACUCAUUUUACCAUGGGGCAGAGAUGCAUGUUUUGAAGUUUUAAAGCUAAUUCCCUGCAAUGCUACCAGUUUUGCCAUUAUUUAUGUCAUGUUAAUGAUAUCUGAGUGAGUGUGACUAGCUAGACUAGUUAGCUAGACUAGUCAGCUGUUAGCUGACAUGGCUAAUUAAGUGACUGUCACUGACGAAACAGGAGAAAAACCUGCUGAUGCACCACCACAUUUCAAACCUUCACCUACUAACUUUCAACAGAAAUUUAGACCCCAACUGAGCUCCAAAAAAAAACGGCACGGGCCCUAAGCGACCGCUUAUGUCACUUAUGCUUGGAGCCAGCCCUGAUGGUACUCCUGUCUGUCUGUCUGUCUGUCUGUCUGUCUGUCUGUCUGUCUGUCUGUCUGUCUGUUUUUUCUCUCUCUCUGUCUAUCUCUGUCAGUAAGCCUGUCUCCUGUUUGCUGUUAUUACUGAUCACUGUUACUAAGUCUGCAUGUGCAUGUCUGUCUCUGUGUGAUAUAACAUCAACUGACAACCUGAGGUACAGAUAUAUAGCUAUGUGUGCAGACAAUACGAAGCGCUCGAACACUUGACUCAUCAGUCCUGAGCAUGAAGGCCGUUGCUACCAUAAAGUUUGGUAUUUUGGCACUGGCUCCCUCCCUGUCUUUCAGCCACGAUGUUGUAGUGGGUCCUUCUCCAUAUACUCCCAGCAGGAUUAGUCUGCCAUAGUACACCUUAGCUACCGCAGUUUAACAAAGCAUGUAACGAUAGAUCCACCUGUUGCCGUGGCUACUCUGUUCCCCCCCCCCCACCACACACACACACACACACACACACGCAAACACACACACAACCCAUCGCCUCUACUCAUAAGCUCUGCCCACUCAGGAAUGAAGCCCUAUGCUUGUUUGAUGUAUCAUAAAAUGGAAAAAAAUACCAAUAGAGUCUCUGUCUAUUAGUGGAGGCUGGUGGGAGGAGCUAUAGGAGGAUGGGCUCAUUGUAAUGGCUGGAAUGGAAUAAAUGCAACAAAGUCAAGCAUGUGGUUUCCAUAUGUUCGAUGUGUUUGAUACAGUUCCAUUGAUUCCAUUCCAGCCAUUACAGUGAGCCCGUCCUCCUAUAGCUACUCCCACCAGCCUCCUCUGCUAUCUAUAUACAGCAUAUAUGAAUUUAUUUUCUGUACCGUAAUUCUAUUUUAUUACAGUAUACUGUACGUCUGUGGCACGCCCCUCUGAAUGUAAUCCCCUUGCAUGACCUGAGGAGGGUGCACAUAGAACAUGGCAGACACUACAACCCCUUAGGUUUCAUCUGAAGUAUCUGAAAAGAGCCAUAUUGCAAACAGGGAUCAGAAGAAUGUUGCUUUUGUGUUUGUCCUGCUGACAUUAUUUAGUCUUUUCCCAUCUUUGUUUCUUUAAUUUUUUCCAGGUCAAAACAGCUAGUUUUUCUUCUUUGUAUUUCUUGAUUUUACUGAUAUUUCUUGAAGAGUCAAAGCUACAUGGGAAUUCUUGUGAUGUUUCCUUUUUUUUAAAACAACGUUAUUCUGAUAAUUUCAAAGUCUUUGCUUCACCUUUUAGUUAGUCUAUGUACUCGGGAAGCUGUAUAUGAGGCUGUGUUCUGUUCUGUGUUAGUUCCACAUUUGUGGUUUGGUUUUAGCACUUUGGAUGUGUUGCAAGGAAAACCGCAAUUGAAAAAAAAGUUUUAUAAAUAAUUUCAACCCUAACAUGUAUAAUGAAAAAUAAGUUGUGACUGAAUAAAUGUACUGGUUUAUUUGUUCA